CUCGUAGGAUGUGACUGGAUUGGCAAGCUACAACAUCUUACGCAGCACAGAAAGACUUGUCCUUUCCAGGAGGUGCAGUGUUCUCAUGAAGAAUGCAAUCAAACAGUGCAGAGAAGAGAGCUCCAGCACCACGAAAAGAUAUGCUACUUCAGAAAAGUGGAGUGCGUAAUAUGUGGUGUGGUAAUACUUCAACACGAAAAAGAUAAGCACAUAAGGGACGACUGUUUACAGGUACUGAUAUGUUGCCCUAACCGAUGCAUCGAUAACGAAACAGACGUGACUCUUAUGAUAAAAAGACUUGACUUGGAGUACCAUAUAAAAAACACCUGUACCAAGACAAUACUGGAUUGUCCAUUCAAAGAUCAGGGAUGUUCAGUCCAAGUUGAACGACAACAUGUCGAUAAACACGUACAAGACAACAUGGCUGCACACAUGAUGUUACUGGCAAAACGAUGUUCAUCCCUUACUAGACACAUUUUGUCACUUACCGAACAAAACGUGACACUGACCGAACAAUGUGAGGCAUUAAAUCUAAGAUGUUUGUCACUCACUCAAGAGAAUGAAGACGUAGAUGAAGAUUUAAGCGAAGAUGAGGAAAACAUAUCAGAUCAAAUGUUUAGUACCUUCUUAAGCUGCGGCAGCUACGAGUGGACAAUAAACGACUUUCCUACCCUAUGUACAAAACACAUCAAUGGAUCUGCCUUCACAAGCCCUAUUUUCUGGCUGCGUGGGCACAGACUUAAUUUCCUAGUCUAUCCCAAUGGGAUAGAUGAAGAGGCUGAGGGAUGGCUGUCGCUGUAUCUCGAAUUCAGUGAAGAAUAUCCAAAGUCUCGCAAAAUCAUUAACAAGAUACCCCAUGUUAAAAAUACAGCAACUGUUAUAUGCAGGUUGUCAGUGAAAAGCAUAGAACCUGAAACUGAUGAUGUCUCCCAGCAAGCAACUCAUGUAUUAAAAUUGCCAGGGAGCUGGGGAUGGUCUGAGAUGAUAAAGACGACCGAAGCUCUUUCUACAGCCUACUGUAAUAGUACUGAUGGUAGCCUAACCAUCAAAUGUAAAAUACUAUCAGAAUAAAACAGUGAGUCAAUGUUAUUUACACAGCAGUUGAUGUACUUUCUACAGCCUACUAUAACAGUACCAAUGGUGGUCUAACCAUCCAAUGUACAAUACAGAUAGAUAAACCAUAAUAGGUUCCAUGUUACACAGAUGAUGUACUUUCUACAGCCUACUAUAACAGUACCAAUGGUGGUCUAACCAUCCAAUGUACAAUACAGAUAGAUAAAC